CAAGAUAGAGCUGGUAUGAGUUUACAAUAAUGGGCUUUUACAUCGAGAUUAAUGGGAUUGGUGGGUUGUCUUGAAAACGAGACCUCAAUGAAAUUCUCAAAAAUAAUAAAUAAUAUAUGAGUAAUUCAAAAUGUUAACAAACUCAUGCAAAAUAUCUUAUACUCAUAUAUUAUUUACAAUUAAUCUUGUUUUUCAAAAUUAUUAUAUUAAUUUUUGUUUAUUACUUUUUAAGAACCUCUUGAGAUAUUAAGAAACUGCUUAAUAAUGUUUAUGCAUGAUGGUGGCAACAAAAAUCAUAUAAUACAUGAAUGAUUGAUUAUUCGUGUAGUACUUUUCAAAUGGGAAAAUCGAAUAAUAAGAUUUCUCCACUAACAGCAGAAUAAACUUAAUGCAUUUGUUGAAAUUUUUUUUUAUAAGAAUCUAAUGAUAUAUAUUUGAGAUUAAUUUGAGAAGAGAUUCAUUUGUUGAAACUAACCUGAGAUAUAAAGAUCUUAAUAAUCACAAAAUCUAAUCUAGCAGUCGAAUAUAUGCAUAGGUUGAGCCGUCGAGGUAGUUACCUUAGUGAUAAACAAAUUAUAUGGAGCUGAAUGUUUGUUGUACGUAGAAGCCAAAUGGUUCAUUGUUUCUUAGUUGGAAUUGGUAGAAAACUUUAGGGUUUUUAAAAAAAAAAUUCUAAGGAAAAAGAUUUACAAUAGUUUUAGUAUACUGUUUGGUUUAUAAAGAUCCAUAUGGACUUGCUAAAAAAAAGAUCCAUAUUGAUCUGUUUUUCUUUGUAGUUUCAAUCAUAUAACCAUUGAUAAUUAAUAUAUGUUGAUAGGUUUGUUUAAUACAUAAGAGAGUGACAAACACAAAAAAUAUAUUUUGUACAUUAAUAUAUCUUCUCUGAGAAGUGAUAAAACACGUAACACAAUAUUUUAACUUUGAUCUGAGAUUAAAAUAUUUUUCAUUCCAUUUUAUUUAGACUCUUAAAUUCCAAAUUGCUGAAAUUUAUCGACACAACCUGGCACCGUCGCUCGUGCAUGCAUGGUAUAUACUUAAACCUUAUAAACAAUAAAAUAAAUUAUUUAAAACUAUAUAUUAUACAACAGGAUAUCAAAACAAAUCCACAAUGUAUUGUAACCCACGAGUGUCUUACGUAUAUAGAAGGUUCAUUGAGACAGUUUUGAAUAAUUUAAAUCAUUAUUUUGAUAAUAUGUCCAAAAUGAGUUGUUCCCCAGGUGUCCCACGUCCGUACAAACCCAUUGUAAGGAACCUUCAUUGUACUUUCCUUCAGAUCCAUCGUCUCAACUCUAUAUAAUCUCCCUCUUACAUGCAUUUCACUAUAUCUCUAAUACCGUUUCAAUCCAUUUUGUUAUAUUCCUAGCUAAAUAUAUCUUGAAAAAGUUAAGAUCAUUAUGGCUCAGAUUAACUUCGAGGGUUUGAGAGAGCUACACGACUGCGCAAACUAUCUCCUCGAUCACUGUCCAAAAACAAGAGAAUCUCUGUCUGAACAAGGACAAGAGAAGUGGACGGAACAAGUUUCUGAAGCUUCAUUGAGGAUGUUAGACAUCUGUAGCGUAUCUAAAGAUGUGAUGACGCUAGUUAAGCACAGCUUGCACGAUCUACAACUUACUCUACGUGGAAACGAAUCAUCAGAUGUGAACGAGAAGAUAGCAGCGUAUAAUCAAUACAAGAACAGGCUCAAGAAGGAGAUAUUGAAAUGCUUAAACUGUCUAAAGAGCAUGAAACGAACCGGAGGAGGAGUAGCGAUGCCGACAGAACUUAAUCUUCUAUUUGUAGCUGAGGUUUUAAAGGAAGUGAGAGGAGCUGUUGUGACAAUGGUCGAGUCUUUGUUCUCUCUUGGUUGUAUUCCUUGGCUAGAGAAGAGAUCGAGCAAAGGGUCUUUGUCUUCGAUCUUUACUUCUCGAUCUUCGGAUUGGUUAGAUGAUAUAUGGGACGAGACCGCAGUUCAAAGCGCAGCUACGAGAUUGGAAGCAGCAGAGAUUGCUGUGGAGGAGCUUGAGAUAGAAUUGGAGUCCAUUUUCAGGCGAUUGAUUCAUACAAGAGUUUCACUUCUUAAUAUUAUUACCAGCUAGAUUUAUACAUGUCCAGUUAGGUUUUGCUUCUGGACAUGUUUGAUUGACAUUACAUUGAUUUCUACUUUAUUGCAUGUUUGAAUCAUUAUAUUCAUUUUUCA